AUGUCUACGGACGCUGAGAUGGCCGUCUUUGGGGAGGCAGCUCCCUACCUCCGGAAGUCUGAAAAGGAAAGAAUUGAGGCCCAGAACAAGCCUUUUGAUGCCAAGACGUCAGUCUUUGUGGUGCAUCCUAAGGAAUCCUAUGUGAAAAGCACAAUCCAGAGCAAAGAGGGAGGAAAGGUCACAGUCAAGACUGAAGGUGGAGAGACUCUAACAGUAAAGGAAGAUCAGAUCUUCUCCAUGAACCCUCCCAAGUACGACAAAAUCGAGGACAUGGCCAUGAUGACCCACCUCCACGAACCCGCUGUGCUGUAUAACCUCAAAGAGCGUUAUGCAGCCUGGAUGAUCUACAGCACCCCUCCCCACAUCUUCUCCAUCUCUGACAACGCCUAUCAGUUCAUGCUAACUGAUCGCGAGAAUCAGUCAAUCCUGAUCACCGGAGAAUCCGGGGCAGGGAAGACUGUGAACACCAAGCGUGUCAUCCAGUACUUUGCAACAAUUGCAGCUAGUGGGGACAAGAAGAAAGAGGACCAGCCACAACAGGCGGGCAAAAUGCAGGGGACGCUUGAGGAUCAAAUCAUCAGCGCCAACCCUCUGCUGGAGGCCUUUGGAAAUGCCAAGACCGUGAGGAAUGACAACUCCUCACGCUUUGGUAAAUUCAUCAGAAUCCAUUUUGGUGCCACAGGAAAACUGGCUUCUGCUGACAUUGAAACAUACCUGCUGGAGAAGUCAAGAGUCACUUUCCAGCUCAAAGCAGAAAGAAGCUACCACAUAUUUUACCAGAUCAUGUCCAACAAGAAGCCAGAGCUAAUUGAGAUGUUACUGAUCACCACCAAUCCAUAUGACUAUCAUUAUGUGAGUCAAGGUGAAAUCACAGUUCCCAGCAUAAAUGACCAGGAAGAGCUGAUGGCCACAGACAGUGCCAUUGACAUCCUGGGCUUCACUGCCGAUGAAAAAACAGCCAUUUACAAGCUGACAGGAGCUGUCAUGCAUUAUGGAAACCUGAAGUUUAAGCAGAAGCAACGUGAAGAGCAGGCGGAACCAGAUGGCACAGAAGUUGCUGACAAGGCUGCCUACCUCAUGGGUCUGAAUUCAGCUGAUCUGCUCAAAGCCCUGUGCUAUCCCCGCGUCAAGGUUGGGAAUGAAUUUGUGACCAAAGGUCAAACAGUGCAGCAGGUAUACAAUUCAGUAGGUGCCCUGGCAAAGGCUGUCUUUGAGAAGAUGUUCUUGUGGAUGGUUGUUCGCAUCAACCAACAGCUGGACACUAAGCAACCAAGACAGUACUUCAUUGGUGUGCUGGACAUUGCUGGCUUUGAGAUCUUUGAUUUCAACAGCCUGGAGCAGCUCUGCAUCAAUUUCACAAAUGAGAAACUGCAACAGUUUUUCAACCACCACAUGUUCGUGCUGGAGCAGGAGGAAUACAAGAAGGAAGGCAUUGAAUGGGAGUUCAUUGACUUUGGGAUGGAUCUGGCUGCCUGCAUUGAGCUCAUUGAGAAGCCCAUGGGCAUCUUCUCCAUCCUGGAAGAGGAGUGCAUGUUCCCCAAGGCAACUGACACCUCUUUCAAGAAUAAGCUCUAUGACCAGCACCUGGGCAAGUCCAACAACUUCCAGAAGCCCAAGCCUGCCAAAGGCAAGGCUGAGGCCCACUUCUCCCUGGUGCACUAUGCUGGCACAGUGGACUACAACAUCUCGGGCUGGCUUGACAAGAACAAGGACCCCCUGAAUGAAACUGUUGUGGGGCUGUACCAGAAGUCAUCUCUGAAGACACUGGCCCUACUCUUUGCCUCUGCUGCAGGAGAGGCAGAGAGUGGCGGUGGAAAGAAGGGAGGCAAGAAGAAGGGUUCUUCUUUCCAAACUGUCUCAGCUCUUUUCAGGGAGAAUCUAAACAAGCUCAUGACCAAUCUACGGAGCACUCAUCCUCAUUUUGUGCGCUGUAUCAUCCCCAAUGAAACAAAAACACCCGGUGCCAUGGAGCACGAAUUGGUGCUUCACCAGCUACGCUGUAAUGGUGUGCUGGAAGGGAUCCGAAUCUGCAGGAAGGGAUUCCCCAGCAGAAUCCUCUAUGCAGACUUUAAGCAGCGGUACAAGGUGCUCAAUGCAAGUGCUAUCCCAGAGGGACAGUUCAUUGACAGCAAGAAGGCUUCUGAGAAGCUCCUUGGCUCCAUUGAUGUGGACCACACCCAGUACAAAUUUGGUCACACCAAGGUGUUCUUCAAAGCUGGGCUGCUGGGGCUCCUGGAGGAGAUGAGAGAUGAGAAGCUGGCACAGCUCAUCACUCGCACACAAGCCAGGUGCAGGGGCUUCCUCAUGAGAGUGGAAUACCAGAGAAUGGUGGAGAGGAGGGAGUCCAUCUUCUGCAUCCAGUACAACGUCCGCUCCUUCAUGAAUGUCAAGCAUUGGGCUUGGAUGAAGCUGUUCUUCAAGAUCAAGCCUUUGCUGAAGAGCGCAGAAUCAGAGAAGGAAAUGGCCAAUAUGAAGGAAGAGUUUGAGAAAACCAAGGAAGAGCUUGCAAAGUCUGAAGCAAAGAGGAAGGAGCUGGAGGAGAAAAUGGUGUCCCUCCUGCAGGAGAAAAAUGACCUGCAGCUCCAAGUGCAGUCUGAAGCUGAUGCUUUAGCUGAUGCUGAGGAAAGAUGUGACCAGCUGAUCAAAACCAAAAUCCAACUUGAGGCCAAAAUCAAGGAAGUGACAGAAAGGGCCGAGGAUGAGGAAGAAAUCAAUGCUGAGCUGACAGCCAAGAAGAGGAAACUGGAGGAUGAAUGCUCAGAGCUGAAGAAAGAUAUUGAUGACUUGGAGCUAACGCUGGCCAAAGUUGAGAAGGAAAAGCAUGCCACUGAGAACAAGGUCAAAAACCUCACUGAAGAGAUGGCAGUCCUGGAUGAGAACAUUGCCAAGCUGACAAAAGAGAAGAAAGCCCUCCAAGAGGCCCACCAGCAGACACUGGAUGACCUGCAGGCAGAAGAGGACAAAGUCAAUACGCUGACCAAGGCUAAAACCAAGCUGGAACAGCAAGUGGAUGAUCUUGAGGGG